AUGGCCAAGACCCUAACGACGAGGGGGGACGGGACGCCCAUCUUUGAAGCCCAGCAGUCCGGCACUAGCGCGAUCUUUCCGGCGCCACCUCGCUCCCAGAUACAACAGCUACAACAAUAUCCGACAAUUAGCGAAAGUAAGCAAAACCAGCAAGGGUUGGAUGUUGUACAAUCAAGGGGGAAAGUAACUACUGACUCUGUGUCGGAAGGGGGUCUUCGCAACGCGUCUACAGAAAAUGGAGCAAUAGUUGUUGGUAUGCUCGUCCAGUGUGGCGAAUGCGGAAAAAAAUUUAUCAACUCAUACUAUUUGGAAAAGCAUAUUAACAAACGCCAUAGGAGCGAUAUUCGCCAGUCAACCGUCACCCGGCUCGAAAACCCACAUAUGUCAACGCUUGGUACUAGCGCCUUUCACCAGGCCUUUGAUUCGGUCAGAACCGCCAUCUCAGCACCCUUAACAAUUCUUGAGCAGCAGCAACAGCAACAAAUUACCCAGCAACAGCAACUCUUGCAGCAACAGCAGACCCUGCAACAGCAGCAGCACCUCCUGCAGCAACAGCUCAGUCUACUUAGCGCCGCAGCAUUAAGAGCGUCUGACGCUCCAAAAACGACAGGCGAAAUCCAUCAGCCUCCUCCAAUGGCCGCUUCCGUUGGAGGCGCGCUUCUUGAAGAGGCGGGAGGUACCCUUGGCUCCGGACCAGGUAGGAACAGCUCUGCAUCUCCCGUCAUAGAUUACAGAGAACAAACAAUAUCUGAAGUAAAAAGCGACGUACAAAAAGAAAUCCAAAAAGCAGUCAAGCCACCGCAACAUCGCGAUACCGCAGCCGUGCUGCUUGACGAACUAAAGGAAGCAUCGCUGAGGGAAACGAAGAAAGGUCGGAGCAGGAGAGCAUCGGGCGGUGCUCCUUCGCGCACGACAGAGCAUAAGACGGCAGCGGAAGCAGUAGGACCUGCAGGAGUACAUCUUCCACUUCCACUGAGCGUUUCAGCGCAAAAGCUGGCAUAUAUGAGAGAGUUCAUGGCGAGAAGCCAACUUCCAGAUGUGCUGAGGCAUAACAACAAGCCCCCUCCAGAUGAGGUGGAGAAGCAGCUUGAGCUACCGCCAGGAACACUGUCCUGCCAACUGGCCAACUACCUGCUUCACCCAGCUGUCGCUGGGCAGCGAUCCGGGGUCACGACUUCCAACGCACCGCAAAACUCCGACAGUCUUAAUUUGCCUUGGCCGGCUCCGCACGGAGUCGGAGGAUGCUGUUAUCACCUACACAAGCCUCCCCCUCCCCCCAGAACGUUCUCUGUUAGGGCGAAAUUACAGCAACUCAUGCAGCGGUUCGCCAGUAAACCGGCUACUUCUCCUAUCGGCUGCCCUGAAACUCAACAAGCAAGUGCAGCUGCAAAUGUUCCCCUGCAAAGUCCCCGUCAGCGGUGGAAUCCACCUCCCGCUGUAGCUCCCACGAAGGUGGGUGUGCGCAAUUUGGGGAACAAUGCCCCUGUACGGCUUAAUGGGGCCCAGUUGGUGAUGCAGCACGGGGGUCAGGCUCGUAGUGUUUCAGUACCGCCGCUAGGGGCACAGAAGCAGCCGCAACAGAUCUUACCGUAUACUAUUGAUGGAGGAGCAGCUCAGUCCCCCGCAGGAGCGAAUCCCUUAACAGCGAACACGCCGAGGGUUGGCGUACUUCCUGUGGCUGCUCCGGGCGCACCACUUCGCAGCGAACCCGUCGGCCUAGCCCAGCAGCGACAGCAGCCCCCAGAGCAGAAUAUUGGACCCCGUGAGAAGUCGAAGUCUAUCACAGAGAGGGAGGUAGGAACUGUUUUACCGGCUCUAGCAUGGGGCGGCGACGAAGCAAUCCCGUCAGAAGAGGACCUAGCACUGCCUGAGCCUAAAUCGCCGUUCUAUCCAGCGAGGAACCCAGCCGAUGGCAACAAGGUGGCCCCAAUAUUUCCGCCCUGCAGCAGCUGGACUCCCAUAGAGCCGCCACCAACAGCAACGUCUGUUCCUCUCUCGGUCUUACAUGCAGCAUUAGCAGCUAACGGGAUGGCUAUUCCACCGCAUGCAGGUACAGCUGUGCCGGCGUCAGGGAGGCAAACAACCUCACAGGUCCAGCAGCAGCAAGCAAGCAACCAACUGCCCCCAGAUAAGCACCAGCUGCCGCAACCAGUGUUCACUCAGCAACUAGGGCCCCACUCCUUUGGAGUGGACUUCGUAGGAAGCCGCCUUCAAGCUGCAUCUACCAAUGAAGAGCUAAGUGGAGUGCAACUCAGAGCCCCUGAGAGCGCUUUCGGAGUUUUUGAAGGACAUGCAGGCGCCUCUGCUGCCCCGGGGCAAGGAGGGGCUCAAGGAAAUGCAGAGUAUCUGCCGUCCGCAAGGGGCAGCAGAACGCUUCCUGAAGAUGCCGGGUGGACUACAACGACCUACCAAGCUCAAAACGAUCUCGGUCCUUGGCAAUUCGCUGGGCUGACGUAA